AACAGGUCACCAAACCCCUACAUUCGCUAGGUUAUAUUAUAUUACACCCUGCUCUUCAUUUCACAACAAGGAAGUCACCUGCCAUGGCAGACCGUUCUAUAUGUGUUGCUUUUAUGGGUUUGAGCUUUCUGACUUCAUAUGUUGGAGGAAUCUUACGUCUGAAUGGAGGGGAUGACCAAUAUGAAGGACGACUCGAAAUAUACGACAAUGGAGAAUGGCAGACAAUUUGUCGUGACAACUGGAACAAUAAUAAUGCUAUCGUCGCCUGUAGGCAGCUGGGGUUAAAGGGCGGAUCCUGGAGACGGGUAACAGCUUCAGAAGUAGGUGACAAAACAUUUUUGUCAGAAGUAAUAGAUUGUCAGGGAAGUGAAAACCGUCUUGAAGCAUGUAGCUCCACCGGAAAGGACUCGAGUGGAUGUAAACACUCCGACAAGGACGAAGUUUACGUGACAUGCAAACCAAAGAAAGAUGGUGUAUUACGGUUACAUGAUGGCCCGAUUCAGUAUGAAGGUAGACUAGAAAUAUAUCACGACAGCAAAUGGGGAACAAUAUGCAGGGAUAAAUGGGAUGCUCAUCCUCAAAAUGCUCAAGUGGCAUGUCGUCAGCUAGGAUAUGAAGGCGGAUCCUUUCGAGAAGUGUCCUACUCUGAAAGAGCAAGCAGUUCUGUCGAAUUUUGGAUGGACGACGUUAAAUGUCACGGCAACGAAACUUCCCUUCAGGAUUGUCCCUUCAGGGGCUGGGGGAAUGAUAAUUGCUACUCUUACAGUGACGAGAUUUAUUUACAAUGCACGGAACGUAAAGAUACCCUGACCCGACUUGUAGGUGGUCCUAAUCAGUACGAGGGCCGACUAGAGGUUUAUCAUGAUGGUCAAUGGGGCUCUGUCUGUAUUCAACGAUGGGACAUAUUUGUGUUAAAUGCUCACGUAGCAUGCAGACAACUCGGUAACACGGGUGGUUCCUUUAGACCAGUUACUACCGCAGAGCGAGGUGAAGGACCGUUUUGGAUGGACGGCAUUGAAUGUGAUUGUGACGAAAUUAAUUUACAUGAUUGUAAUUUCAAAGGAUGGGGAGAUGGAAACUGUUCACAUUCUACGAACGACGAUGUAUUUCUGCAGUGUAAUCCAAUCAAAGGUGCGGUUCAGCUCGUUGAUGGCAAUAAUCGUUAUAGUGGGCGAGUACAAGUUUUUGCAACAGGAAAAUGGAUAACCCUAUGCAAUGAUGAGUGGACAAACAACAAUUUGAAAGUCACAUGCCGGCAACUUGGAACGAUAGAAAAAAGAAGCGGCCAAGAAGUUUUCACCGAAGGUUAUUAUUACGAAGGAGAUUUCGAAUGCGAGGGCACUGAAGAAUAUUUAUAUAAAUGUCGAUAUCGCGAUCGUAAAUGCUCAUCUGAUGAAAAGGUCAAGGCGACAUGUGAAAUUCCAGUAUCCCCCCGAAAUGGAAGUUGUGAUAUAGACUUACAAGAGACCUGUGAUACCACAUUGAGCUGUCAGAAUGUUAACGGAUUUGGGAGAUGUAUCUGUGAUACCGAAUCGUUUUGGGAUGAAAAAACAAACAAAUGUAAAAAAAAGGUGUCGUACAAUGAAGUAUGUGAUCCGAAUGUUGAUGACGUAUGUACAAGUGACCUGUCAUGUGAACUCGUAAAAGGAUCCACAUCAUUCCAAAAUACAUGCAUAUGUCCUGAGAAAAAUGACUUCUGGGACACUUUUAACAAGACCUGCCGUAUAAAGAAAUUUUACGCUGAAGUGUGUGAUCCGACUGUUGACGACGUAUGCACGAGUGACCUGUCUUGUGAACCUAUAAACGGAACAUCGCUUAAUAAAUGUAUUUGCCCAGAAGAAGACGACUUCUGGGAUUCUUCGUACAGGGCAUGUCGUAGAAGGACAGGUUUGCAAGGGAUAUAUCUCGCAGACAAGUUGAACAUCAGCGAUGCUAUCUCCAACUGUGAAAGUAAGUAUAAAGGACGGUUGGCAACAGAGGAACAUCUUCGACAGAUAUUCUCGAACUGCACGGACUACGCCGACGAUACUUGGCUCAUAAGGAUAGAAUAUCCUGCUACAGAAAAGCAAUUGGACAGUUGUGCUAUAUUAUACAGUGAUGGUGAAUUGAAAACUAAAAACUGUACUGGCAGAAGGGCGUCUGUUUGUAUGACAAAAAAAAACAACAAAAAUGAUCUGUCAUGUUUUGGAUUUCCAACAUUGCCGCAAAAAGCCACUUCGAGUUCUGCAGGUUUAAUUGGUGGCGUCGUAGCUGUUCUCAUAAUCCUAGCUGUUGUGGUGAUGCUUGUAAUUGGAUUGCUUUAUCGACGAAGAAAAAAGGAAUGUAAAAAAGACAGCGAUAUGGUAAACAAUCCGUCGUAUGACUGCCAAUGGGAGUGCAUUGAAUCCCGAUAUUCGAUUAUCAUCUAACCCGGAGAAUCGACCCGUAGAGGAUUAUGACUAGGCGAUGGGAACAGACAAUAGAGAUGCGCAGGAUUGUAAUCACUCUAAUAUAUAUGUCAAUGAUAUGACAACCAGACAAGUUAACCAGGGAUAUAAUUCCUCGAAUGAUAUGCCUGAUUAUGCUAAUUAUACUGAAGACCGUUGUCCUCCUGACAACAAACCGCGAGGGAACUCGGUGGAGAACUCGUUCACGUAUAUGUUAGCCAAAAAACCAAACACUGACGAUCUACCGGAUGGGGAAUAUAACACUUUUUCGGACCAAUCAGCUGAUCUGCCGCCUACUGAUACGUAUGACCAUGUUCACGAUGUGCCAGAGGAUGGCUACGAUCAGUUCCAAAUGAAAUCAAGUGAACGAUCUAACUUUGAACACGAUGAUGAAACCGGAUAAAUGCAGUCCAGCUUUCCAGGAUGACUACAACGGGUUUGGUUAUAGUUUAAUCUAUUGAUGUGAAUGUGCAUGUAUAUGUUAGUUGUGUAAUAUAAAAUAAAAAUAAUACAAAUUUUAAAAAGAUCAUUUGAAUAGAAAGUAAAAUGUUUGAAUUGAUUUCGUUAUAUGAACAUUGUAGUAGUUGUAUAUACUUUCUAUCGACUCAAUAAAUAUGAAUAUCUACAUAUAGUUUAUUACGCUGUAUACCUAAUGUGAUUAACUAGAUCACUCUAAAAUGUUUGGUGUUCAAUGUUAGCGCCUUCUACACAUGUCGAAUGUUUUAAGUACACAAUUGUACAUUUUGAAUACACAAAUGUCACCUUAUUCCCUAUUGUAUCAUAUUCUCAAGUCUAGCGUUACUACUGACGUUGUCAAAAAUGGAUGAUUAACUCAAAUUCCUCGUUCAAAAAUCUUAGGUGUCAGGACAAGUGUUCAUAUAAAAGAAUAAAGAAAUUUGAUACAAGGGAAAUAAACUUAAAAUUUAGGGAAAUAUGACGCUAUUGUCCCUGGACUUGUUAGCAUGUGAUCCUUGCCUGUGUGUCAAUAUGAUAGUUGCGAUUAUAUUAACUAGUCAUUUUUAUUUUUUAAGGCAGUGAUUGGUUACAAAUUUCGGACAAUUGUUAAAGCAUGUAACUUGCAUUUCAUUUGAGAGAAAAACAAAAAAAUCCAUUGUUACGCUUCAACUAUAAGACGUUGCAAUGUAUCAAAUUUGUUUUUGUUAACUCUGACGAACUCGGUCUUAUAAGGGAUACUAGUCACCUGAACUCAAGAAGGCGGGCUUGCUUGCUUCAUAAACUUGGAUAAU